GAAAGUUCCACCGCUUAUUAACUCGGGUCUGGCAUUUACGGUGUUUCUGGCGUGGUUCACAGACAAAACUAGACGGUUUACGUGCAUUUAUCGGAUGUUGAGCGAGGACGAGUUAAAACUGUAAUAGUUACAAAAACACUUGCCGUUAGCGGCGGGUCUUCACCUUGUUUGCGCCUUUAUUUAAGCUUAAACUUCACUGCCUUUGACGAUGGGCUGUUGUUAAAUGCUGCUGUUUAUUUCAGAACGAAAAUAAAUGAUGCUGCUUCGUAAGGUGAGCCAGUCUUCCGCGGUGUGCGGAUGCCUUCUCAGGAAUCCUGCCGUGCUGUCGGGAGGUCAGCGCCAACCUGCGAUAAUACUCGCCGUACCAAACGGUCGGCUCUACGUCAGUCAAGCUGCUCAGGCCGUGUUGGAGAAACCUGCAGCGGUCAGCAGUGAUGCUGCUGUUAAAGUGGAGAAUAAGGCCGUCGCUCCUGAAUCCAAAUCAUUUGCCGUCAACAUGUUCAAAGGACAAAUUGCAACAGCUCAAGUGUUCCCCUUCCCCAAAGCUCUGAACGAGGAGCAAGAGCAGUUCCUCCAGGAGCUCGUUGGCCCAGUCAGCAAGUUUUUUGAGGAAGUGAACGAUCCUGCUAAGAACGACGCUCUGGAGAAGGUGGAGGAUAAGACCAUGGAGGGUCUGAAGGAGAUGGGGGCCUUCGGCCUGCAGGUUCCGGCUGACCUGGGGGGCCUCGGCCUCUCAAACACCCAGUACGCUCGCCUGGUUGAGAUCGUCGGCGGUAACGAUCUGGGAGUCGGCAUCACACUGGGAGCUCACCAGUCGAUCGGCUUUAAGGGAAUUCUGCUGUUUGGAAACAAAGCCCAGAAGGAGAAGUACCUGCCCAAACUCGCCACAGGUGAGCACAUUGCCGCAUUCUGCCUGACUGAACCCGCCAGCGGCUCCGACGCCGCCUCCAUCAAGACCACCGCUCUCGUCUCCUCCUGCGGAAAGUUCUACACUCUGAAUGGCAGCAAGAUCUGGAUCAGCAAUGGAGGUUUGGCUGAGAUCUUCACCGUUUUUGCCAAGACUCCCAUGAAGGAUCCUAAAACUGGAGAGAUGAAGGACAAGAUCACAGCUUUCAUUGUGGAGAGGAGCUUUGGAGGAGUCACACAUGGCCCCCCAGAGAAGAAAAUGGGCAUCAAGGCGUCCAACACGGCCGAGGUUUACUUCGAAGACGUUCGCGUGCCGGCCGAGUGCGUUCUGGGCGAAGUGGGCGGCGGCUUCAAAGUGGCCAUGAACAUCUUGAACAACGGUCGCUUCGGGAUGGCGGCCGCCCUCUCGGGCACCAUGAAAAGCGUCAUGGCCAAAGCUAUCGAUCAUGCAGCCAACAGAACCCAGUUUGGGAACAAGAUCCACACCUACGGAGCCAUCCAGGAAAAGGUGGCCCACAUGACCAUGCUGCAGUACGUGACCGAGUCGAUGGCCUACAUGGUCAGCGGGAACAUGGACAGCGGCGCCACAGACUUCCAGAUAGAAGCUGCCAUCAGCAAGAUCUUCGCCUCUGAAGCUGCUUGGACCGUGACAGAUGAGAGUAUUCAGGUCAUGGGAGGGAUGGGUUUUAUGAAGGACUCCGGAGUGGAGCGGGUGAUGAGGGAUCUGAGGAUUUUCCGAAUCUUUGAGGGAACCAACGACAUCCUGAGGCUCUUCGUGGCUCUCAAUGGCUUCCAGAACGCCGGGAACCAGCUGAAGAGCUUACAGAAGGCCCUGAAGAACCCCUUAGGCAACGCCGGGCUGCUAGCAGGAGAAAUCACAAAGAGAGCCAAAAGAAAGGCAGGUCUGAGUACAGGUCUGACUCUGCAGGGAAGCAUCCACCCUAACCUGGCACAAAGUGGAGACCUGACGGUGAAGGCCAUCGAGCAGUUUGGCGCCGUCAUCGAGGAGCUGUUGGUCAAACACGGCAAGAAGAUCAUCGACGAACAGUUUGUUUUGAAGAGAGUCGCCGACUGCGCCAUCGACCUCUACGCCAUGGUGGUCGUCCUGUCCAGGGCUUCCCGCUCUCUGAGUCAGGGCCAACCUUCAGCUCAGCACGAGAAGAUGCUGUGUGACACCUGGUGUAUGGAGGCUCAUGACCGGGUCAUGCAGGACAUUAAGCUGCUGCGCUCCGGUCAGUCCAAACAGCUGUUCAACAACCUGCGGUCCAUCUCUGCUGCGGUGGUGGAGAACGGCGGCCCGGUGCCUUCUCACCCCCUGGGUUUCUAAAGUCCCACUCUCUCUCUCUCUCUCUCUCACCCGCAUCUCUGUAUUUAGUUAUAAGGGUUUUUUUUUUCUCUCCAACUUUUCUGGAUUUCUAAAUCCGAUCUUGAAUGCCAAGUCCAGCCAGAAUUGACCCAUUUUAAUAAUACAUCUAUUUCAGUCACAUCACUAUUAUUUAUUUAUUUUUGGUCAGACUAACAAUUAAGCCUUGAAAAUCUUGACUCGUUUCUCGCUUUUUGAACUUGGAGUGUGAAUCUUCUACAAGAGAUUCUUCCUCCCGGUGUGUGUCUGACGGUUGAAUAUGUGCGGGGAGCUUGUAAAUAGACUGUAGAUGACCGAUCAAUAAUUCGCAGCUAAAGUACGAAUAUAUGCAGUUUUUGCUUUAACAAUAAUACAACACAAUGUGACUCAGAUGGUAACUCAGUCAACAGGAACGUCUGUAAAAUAAAAAGCAGUUUAGGGUCUAAACUAAGGUUUUUGGGGUUUUUUUGAAACGCAUAUUCUUUCGUUUUUCUUUCUAUUUUUUUAAUGUACUAUAGUCUAAAUUUUGUUUAAUGUAUUUAAGAAUGUGCUUUGUAUGUACUAAAAAGGCCUUUCUGCAUGUUAAGCUCUUAUAAACACAAUAUCAGAUUAAAACUUUUGCCUUAGAUUCUGAUUGAAGUUCCUGCUGUGCCGUGACUCGACUGAAAACUCAUCAAUGCAGCUGCCAGUUUUCAAUCCUCUACUGUAAAGGUGGAACAUGUAGUCAUCUGCAUAUUUAAUUUUAGAGUAAAAGUGCAUACUUAUUUGGGAAGCCUGUGGGUUUAUCAUAUGUAUAAUUACGUGCUAAUAUUUAGAUUGAGUGUAUCAGCUGUUAGACUUGAUCACAUUGGAGGGGUUCCACAUGAUUAAAACUGCUCACAAUAUUCCACGCUCUUUUUGUGACAUGCUAUUUAGAUUAAUCUAAAAGUUUGUUUAUCCAUAAACUUAUCUGCCUCAUCAAAAUAUGUGUGGACCUCGGUGCACUUGCAAACAUGUCAUUAAACACGCAUCUGCUGA